UUUAUAAAAAGCAGAAUGAGUUCCUCGAUAUCCAUACAACUGUUGAUUUGUUUUUUGAUAUUCUUACCAUCGUGUUGUAUAGGAUUUAAAGAUCCUUGUAAGACUCAAGAUCGUCAUAAUCUUAAAUUGUGUGAAGAAGUUUCAGCGACAAAAUACAAAAACUGGUACAGAAAUCUUAAAAUCUAUGAAAUAGAAGAAGAAAUUCAAAAAAAUAUCGAAAGAAUGAAUUUUAACCGUUUUAAUGAGGAUUUCAUAAUAACACAAAUUAGUGAUCAUUUGAAAAUUGGAAGCAGCCCGUUUCGUGGACAACUCAUCGAUUCGCAGCCUUCCAAAGAAGGAAAUUUAAAAUAUCGGAAUGCUGAACUUCUAGUUGCAAUUUCACGCAGUAUAAAAAGUGCAUAUUGCCUAAAGCAUAGUGAUAUACAGUGUGCCAAAGAUUUAUCGAACCUGAAACUAAACAAGACAUCAUUGAGUGAAAUAUGUUUUUCCGAGUAUUUCAAUCUAACCGAGUGCACCGGGAGGAACUUGGCGUUUCGAAGUGCUGAUGGCACUUGCAACAACUUAAAACGCUCCUAUUUAGGAAAGGCAACCUCAGCUUAUAAACGUUUGCUGUUUCCAGCUUACACAGACGGUAUUAAAGAGAUUUCGGAACUACUGCCCAAUCCUAGAAAAUUGAGCAUAGGUCUUGUCAAUGACGAGCAGUCGCCCGACAACAUAAAAUCGAUGGCAAUGGCGUAUUGGGGAAUUUUCAUUGGCCACGAUCUAUCACGCACGGCAGUUCACAGCAUGGGGACUAAUAACACAUUUGUGAAAUGUUGUAAUGAGGAUAACGGAAUGAUGCACUAUACUUUGAACAAAUACGUCGAGUCGUGCAAUCCCAUACCGAUACCGACAGAUGACGUAUUUUACGAACCAAAAUUGCAAUCAUGCAUGAACUACGUGCGUUCAGUGCCAGCGAUGCGUUCCGACUGCACAUUUGGACACAUUGAACAA